AUGCAUCCAAGUUCCCAUCCAGUUUUUGGUCAAGAAUUGAUAGUAGAGAAAAUCCUCUCCUUUUCCAAUGUGGUUGAUUGGUUGAGAAAUGAACCACCACUGAUUAGUAGAACAUUUUCUACAGUAUUCUCUUCCGAACAUUUCGCAAGACUUUAUAUGGCCAAUGUUUUAAACCUAACUAGUGAACAAGUUGGUCUUUUAGAAAAUAUGGUUAAUGGAAAGGUUUCUGAUAAUAGAUUGUUGAAAAACUAUGAAUCAAUGCAGUCACUUUUUAAAGAGUUCGUCAGUAAUAGUUUAAUUCCAAAGAGAAAUUUGACAAGUUUAGUUUCAAAGUUUUGUGCAAAUGACACUACAUAUGCCAAGGAAAUUGAAGACACCAUCUCCAAAAUAACCAUGGCUGUUGAAAUUCGUGAAAAAUUAUGUUCACAAUAUUAUAAUUGUGACUUGAUUAUUAAUGAUGGUGGCACUACUUAUGAAAUUAAAGAUGUCUCACAAUUCUGGAAAGGAGGUGAAUGUAAGCAAAUCUUUGUCCAUUCCAUUGAGAAGUUAAAACCUGAAUUAACUGCAAAGAUAGGAGGAUAUGAAAUUGAGGCCACUAUCUACAUGGGAUUUGGUUAUCCCUUACAGUUUUUAUUUUGUGGUACUUACCAACAUUUCGAAGGAACUACUCACUUUGAUGAGAGUGUUUCAGUAUUUGACAAUUUGAUUUUCUAUUCGGAGGAGUGUUAUACAGAGGGAACGAGAGUGGAAACGUUUGAAAUUAUGAAUCACUUUAUUAGUGUCGAACAAGAUCAAAUACCACCAGAAUUGAAUGCUGAGAGAGUUUACAAUACUUUGUGUUAUCAUUGGUAUUGGCCAUUUUUGCAUGGAAAAUCAAAGAUGACCAACAAAUUUAAGGAAACCAUGAAGAAACUGGACUUUGAUGAUCCAGUCAUUUAUGUCGACUCCUACAUGAGAGAAUCUGAUUCAAAUUCAGCAAACAAGCGUAAACUCAAAGAGUCAUCACAAGCUAAGAGUGGUACAAAGAAGAGUAAGCAUUGA